UAAUGCUCGGAGGAUUUCAGUAAUUUAGAUCAGGCAACAGUUGUAGAUACCUAAUUCAGCUGGCAGCUAGGACCCACCCACUCCCAGUAGAUCAUGGAUGCAGGAAGCAUCGGUGCCGGCUUCGACGUAGGCAUGAGGAUGUGGCUUCUCUGUGUCCUGCUUUUGGUGCUGCCCUCAGCAGUGUCUGCGGGUGCAGACUCCAAAGCUGUCACCACCACCCUCACAACCAAAUGGGCUGAUACCCCCCUGCUGCUGGAGGCCAGUGAGUUCCUGGCAGAGGAAAGCCAGGAGAAGUUCUGGGACUUUGUUGAGGCCAAUCAAAACAUAGAAGGACAGCAUGAUGACACAGAUCAGGCCUACUAUGACCUGAUUGUGAAGAAAGCCAGUGCUUUGCUCAGCUCCAUCCAGGUGAACAUGCUGAAGUUCGCCCUGUCCCUGAGAGCCUACUCUGCAACAGUACACUCCUUCCAACAGAUAGCAUCCGGUGAGCCUCCUCCAUCUGGCUGCUCAGCUUUUUUCAGCGUCCAUGGGGAGAAGACAUGUGAUGCAGAAAGUUUAACAGCGCUGCUGAAAACUGCAGCUGAAAGGCCAAAGCCAUACCUUUUCAAAGGUGAUCACAAAUACCCAGGAUCAAACCCAGAUGCUCCUGUUGUGAUUCUGUAUGCCGAGUUUGGAAAGCCAGAUUUCCAGAGGCUUCAUGAAAUUAUCUCAUCCAAAGUCUAUGACGGCCUGGCGACUUACGUGCUCCGCCAUUACAUGGCAAAUCCAAGUGGAAAGAAAGUGUAUCUUUCAGGAUAUGGCGUGGAGCUGGCCAUCAAAAGCCAGGAGUACAAGGCAAAGGACGACACACAAGUCCAAGGGGCGGAGGUGAACACCACAGUGAUCGGAGAGAACGAUCCAGUGGAUGAGGUCCAAGGAUUCCUUUUUGGCAAACUCAAGAGCAUCUACCCAGAGCUGAAAGAGCAGUUAAAAGAGUUAAGGAAACAUUUAGUAGAAAGCACCAAUGAAAUGGCACCCCUCAAAGUUUGGGAAAUGCAAGAUCUGAGUUUCCAGACAGCAGCUCGUAUACUCGCUGCUCCCGCUGAUGAUGCCCUCAACGUUAUGAAAGACCUCAGUCAGAACUUCCCCACCAAAGCCAGAUCCAUGACUAAAACAGUGGUCAACUCUGAGAUCCGUAAAGAGAUAGAAGAAAAUCAGAAGUUUUUCAAAGGAACCCUGGGACUACAGCCUGGGGAUUCAGCUUUGUUCAUCAAUGGGCUGCAUAUAGAUCUCGACACACAAGACAUCUUCAGUGUGUUUGAAGUGCUGCGGAGUGAGGCGAGGGUGAUGGAGGGGCUGCACUCUCUGCUGAUCGAGACACCAUUUAUCCACGACAUCCUGAAGCUCAACGUCCAGCCAUCUGAGUCUGACUUCGCCGUCGAUAUCCGCAACCCUGCCAUCAGUUGGAUUAACAACUUGGAGACAGACCACAGAUACAUCUCAUGGCCGUACAACGUGCAGGAGCUGCUCAGGCCAACCUUCCCUGGAGUCAUCAGACAGAUCCGCAAGAACUUCCACAAUCUGGUGAUUAUUCUGGACCCAACGCAGCAUUAUGCUGCUGAGCUGCUUAGUGUUGCAGAGAUGUUUUAUGCUAACAACAUCCCACUCAGGAUUGGGUUGGUGUUUGUGGUGUCAAAUGAAGAUGAUAUAGAUGGCAUGCAGGAUGCAGGUGUGGCACUGGUCCGAGCCUACAAUUACAUCAGUGAUGAGGUGGACAGCAAGAGUGCUUUUGAUGCCGUCAUCUCGAUGUAUAACCGUGUGCCUGUCGGUGGAAAGCUGAGUGUUGGGGAUGUAGUCAAAGUGCUGGAGAAGAAGUUUCCCUAUGUGGAGGUCAGCAGCGUCCUGGGAGCCGACUCCAGCUACGACAGCAACAGGAAGGAAGGGCGGGCUUACUAUGAGCAGACAGGAGUGGGCCCAUUGCCUGUGGUCAUGUACAAUGGCAUACCUUACCAGCGUGAACAAAUGGACUCGGACGAACUCGAGACAGUCACCAUGCAAAAGAUCCUGGAGACCACCUCUUUCUACCAGAGAGCUGUCUACCUGGGUGAGCUGGCAACAGAUCACGAUGUCGUGGACUUCAUCAUGAACCAGCCCAACGUUGUUCCUCGCAUCAAUCCCAGAGUGUUGUCCACCAGCAGAACAUACCUGGACCUGUCUGCUACCAAUAAUUACUUUGUAGAUGAUUAUGCUCGCUUCUCGACUCUGGACAGCACAGAGAAGAGCAUCGCUGUGGCCAACAGCAUGAACUACAUGACUAAGAAAGGGAUGACCAGCACCAACAGGCAUGAUGAUAGCUACAUCCGUCCUGUGACCUUCUGGGUAGUCGGAGACUUUGACAAGCCCUCAGGACGCCAGCUCCUUUACGACGCCAUCAAACACAUGAAAACCAGCAACAACGUCCGACUGGGGAUGAUCAACAACCCGUCAGCUAGUCCGUCUGCUGAGACGAGCCAUGUGGCCAGAGCGAUCUGGGCUGCCAUGCAGACACAAUCCGCAAACAAUGCAAAGAACUUCAUAACAAAGUUGGCUAAAGAAGAAGUCGCCGCCUCCCUGGAGAAGGGAGUUGACAUUAAAGAGUUUGCUGUUGGGGGUAUGGAUGUGUCAUUGUUCAAGAGUGCGUAUGAAGAUCCCAAAUUUGACUUCCUGCUCUCCCACGCCUCUUACUGCCGAGAUGUGCUCAAACUGAAGAAAGGACAGAGAGCGGUUAUCAGCAACGGAAGAAUCAUAGGUCCACUGGAGGAGGAGGAGGUGUUUAACCAGGAUGACUUCCUGCUUUUGGAGAGCAUCAUCAUAAAGACAUCUGGAGAGCGAAUCAAAAGCAAAGUCCAACAGUUAGGAAUAGAGGAGGACAGGGCCAGUGACCUUGUGAUGAAGGUAGAUGCUCUGCUUUCCUCUCAACCCAAAGGAGAAGCCCGGGUAGAAUAUGGGUUUGCCGAUGACCGAUACAGUGCUGUAAAGCUCCGUCCUACAGAGGGAGACGUGUACUUUGAUGCUGUUGCCAUAGUGGAUCCAGUAACCAGAGAUGCACAGAAACUAGCUCCCCUGCUACUGGUUCUGAAGCAGCUGAUAAACGUCAACUUACGGGUCUUCAUGAAUUGCCAGUCCAAACUGUCAGAGAUGCCUCUGAAGAGUUUUUACCGUUACGUGUUGGAGCCAGAGGUGGUGUUUCAGGUUGACGGCAGUUUCUCUCCCGGCCCCCUGGCAAAGUUUCUGGACAUGCCUCAGUCACCGCUUUUCACUCUGAACCUCAACACUCCCGAGAGCUGGAUGGUUGAGUCUGUGCACACCCGGUACGACCUGGACAACAUUUACCUGCAGGAGGUGGAGAACAUCGUAGCGGCAGAGUAUGAGUUAGAGUACCUUUUGUUGGAAGGCCACUGUUUUGACGUUACCUCAGGCCAGCCACCACGUGGCCUUCAGUUCACCCUGGGAACCACUUCGGAGCCAGUCAUUGUGGACACUAUUGUCAUGGCGAACCUGGGUUACUUCCAGCUGAAGGCCAACCCAGGCGCCUGGAUCCUGAAGCUGCGGAAAGGACGCUCAGAUGAAAUCUACAGAAUUUACAGCCAUGAUGGCACAGACUCUCCAGCAGACUCCGAUGACAUUAUAGUCGUACUGAACAACUUCAAGAGCAGGAUCAUUAAAGUCAAGGUCCAGAAGAAACUAGACAGGCUGGGUGAAGAGCUGCUGAGUGACGGGACUGAGGACGACGACACUGGCUUCUGGAAGUCUCUGACCAGAGGAUUCACAGGUGGAGGGAAGACGGAGGAGCCAAAGCAGGAGAAGGACGAUGUGAUCAACAUCUUCUCUGUGGCCUCAGGGCAUCUGUAUGAGAGGUUCCUGAGGAUUAUGAUGCUGUCUGUUCUGAAAAACACCAAAACUCGUGUCAAGUUCUGGUUCCUCAAGAACUACCUGUCCCCAGCUUUCAAGGAGUUCAUUCCCCACAUGGCGAAGGAAUAUGGAUUCCAGUACGAGCUGGUCCAGUAUAAGUGGCCCCGCUGGUUACACCAACAGACCGAGAAGCAGAGGAUCAUCUGGGGUUACAAGAUCCUGUUCCUGGACGUGCUCUUUCCCCUCGCUGUCGACAAGUUCCUGUUUGUGGACGCUGACCAGAUUGUGCGUACAGACCUGAAGGAGCUGCGUGACUUCAACCUGGAUGGAGCUCCGUACGGUUACACCCCGUUCUGCGAGAGCCGGACAGAGAUGGACGGCUACCGCUUCUGGAAGUCAGGCUACUGGGCGAGCCACCUCGCUGGGCGCAAAUACCACAUCAGCGCCCUGUAUGUGGUCGACCUGAAGAAGUUCAGGAAAAUAGCUGCAGGAGACCGGCUCAGAGGACAGUACCAGGGACUGAGCCAAGACCCCAACAGCCUCUCCAACCUGGACCAGGAUCUGCCCAACAACAUGAUCCACCAGGUGCCCAUCAAGUCUCUGCCUCAGGAGUGGCUGUGGUGUGAGACCUGGUGUGACGACAGCUCUAAGAAGAGUGCCAAGACGAUAGACCUGUGCAACAACCCCAUGACCAAGGAGCCCAAGCUGCAGGCUGCAGUGAGGAUCGUGGCCGAGUGGACAGAUUACGACCAAGAGAUCAAACGUCUGCAGACCAGAGUCCAGGAAGAAGCAAACCAUAGAGCACAGCAGCAAAGCACAGAUGUUCACACAGAGUUGUGAACAGUGUGAUGAGGCGGUGAGCUGGACUCUGUUUAAAGAGUCUGCUUCAUGAAGAGGCCCCUCUCAUGCCUCAAGGACUGCUGACAGACUGACCACAAACCAGUGGGAACUGGUCAAAACAUGGUUCGGUUUUUGUUUUUUUUUAUAAUAUGUGCAGAAGCGUUAUAGUGGUCAGGUUUAAGAAGACUUUUAUUUUAUUUUUGGUCCGUGUGUGAGCGGUGAGAAUGUAUUUUGUGAAGUGAAAUAUUCUAUUCUAUUUUUUUUUCCCCGUAUAGUUUUUCUCCACUGUAAUAGGAGUCGUCUGUAUGUUUGCACUGACUGGGGUUCUGGUUCUGGUUGAAACACAAGGGGAAGGAGGGCUCCAGAAAAUUUCCCUGCUGGUUAGUUUGGGGUUUGUUCUCUGAUAAACCAAACAUCUCAUGGUGGGAAGGAUUUCUGAUCACUCAUUGCGGGGGGGGAAUACAAAUUGUAGAGCUGCUGUUAAUAAUUUGCCAAUUUUCAGACUGUAAUACUGGGGCUUAGCUACAUGACUGAAGGUAAUACCAUGAGGUUUUUUUAAAAUUUAUAUGGCAAAAUAAUUAAACUGAUCUUCAGGGCAGCAAACCAUGGCCUGUUAUUUGUUCAGAUUUAACUGUAAAAAAAAAAAAGACUUAGUACAGUUUACCUGGAGUUAUGAAUUUUGUUAAACAACAUGAAUUAUCUGCCCAGCUCCACUUAAGACAUUUAGGAAAUGCAAAAUAAGUCUGGAUAUAUACAUUGUUUAGCAGUGGUGGAUCCACGUCAUAUCCUUUAUUUAAGUCACCUCGUGGUUAUUGGAUAUUUAGUGCCCACUUAACACUUGUAUAGGAAUGCACAUGCAAUUUAGAAAUGAGUGGUAACUGUUAACUAGGUUACACUCAUCAACUGGUAUUUGACGUGAAGAUUAAAAAGUAAAUUGGCAGGCUUGAUCGAAUCCCCAGUUUCUUGUGGAAUAUAAAUGUCUCUGUGAUUCUCAGGGAAAGAUGUUUGAAGCUUUUGCAGGUUGCAGCAUAAAGUACAACUAAGAGGAGCGUAGGUAGUUUAUCUGACUAAGUCUGUGGUACUGUAGAACAGCCACGACCCUACAGACUGGUGGAAAUUGGGAUUUGUCAUUAUCUUCUUGUGGCUGUUAGAGAUGUUUAAAUAAAAAUCCCCAUUAAAGAAGUGAUCCAGGUUAUUAGCACCACUUCCUGUGUUCAGGUAUAACUUCGCUCCACUGGUUACCAACUAGUGGUACCCAAGGAGUACUUCUAAAUUUGUAGAAAGGUACAAUUAGUUUGAAAAAUGAUUAGUUAAUAAAUUCAAUUUAGUUUUCAGCUAAACCGCGAAAUGAACACUGACAAACCUUCCUGAAUAAGAUUGUAUACAAACAGUUAAAACAGCUAAAAGUCAAUGAAGCAACAGCUUAAUUAUCCCAAAAGUAAAUGGUAAUGAAUCAAUAAUUGGAAUAGCCAAAAAAAGGCAUCAACCCACGUAGUUAUGACGUGUUAACGUAAAAUAAUCCCAUUCGGUCAGUUGUAAAUAACACCGUCAUGUUUGGUUACAACUGGAAGCAACCAACUCACCUGUGAAUUAAAGGGAGACUAUCACUUAUUCAGUUCUCUCAUCUCUCGUCUCUCUGUAGAUACGUGAGCUACAGUUUUUCAUGCAGUGAUCUUUAUAAACCCAAAAGUGCCCAAAAAUGCUUGAAAUGCACAAGAAUAAUAAGCACAUUCUUCUAUGUAUGAUGCUGGCCUGCACACACACACACACACACAC